AUGGGGUCAUGGGUGUUCAAGUUUGAUCUUGUUCUGCUCUUUCUCAUGUCGUUCUGGUUCCAUGUAUCCAUUGAAUCUGAUAGCAUAAUCUUCCCAGGGCAGAGACUUUCACGAAGCCAAACUCUAGUUUCCGAUGGAGAAAUGUUUGAAAUGGGUUUCUUCUCACCAUCAGGUUCAGUCUGGUCAACCAACUCUUCCUUUAGUUUGGGUCCUUUGGAUUCGAUAGCUGCUAAUCUUCGGGGAGAUGGAAACUUUAUUAUAAGCAGCUCACUUGAACACUACAGUUGGCAAAGCUUUGAUUACCCAACUGAUACCUUGCUGCCUUAUGCGGGGUGGGGAUAUGAUAACGACAGAGGUAUUAAAAAGGUUCUGAAAUCUUGGCUUCAUGCAACUAAUCCAUCAACUGGCAACUUCUCUGCUGAGGUGACUAGAGUUUCUGCGGAUUUAGCUGAGGUCCAAUUGUUACAAAAUGAUGGUUUUAUAGAGUCUAAAUUCUGCAUAGAUCGGUUUCAAGGAAACAUAGAUUACAUGUACGAUAUUGAAUUUAACUUUAGUAGAUACUCAGACAAUUACUCGUAUGUAACAUUUUCAUGUGACUCUCUCUCAUCCUGUCUUGCUAGAUAUGUGUUAGAUGGAUCUGGAAACCUCAAACUUUUCUGGUGGUCGGAUGAUACGAACGAAUGGGUUACCAUCCACGUGGACAACAAAAAAUGUGGAAGGAAGAAUGCCACUUGGGUGGUUGUGGUGGCAGCAAUUGGGCUUGCUAGUGUGAUGGUUGCUAUUGCCAUUUUGCUGAUAAGGCUGUGGAAAAGAGGCACUACCACUUCAUCUAAUGCAAUGGCAGGAGAUACACUGAAGCCGUAUAAUUACAGAGAUUUGAGAAAAGCAACUAGAAACUUCACAAUUAAGCUUGGGAAAGGUGGUUUCAGCACUUUUUACAAAGGGGAAUUCCCUAAUUCAACUUUCAUAGCUGUUAAGGAACUUCGAGGACACUUUCAAGAAGAGAAACAGCUUCGAGCCGAACUCAAUACGGUAGGGCUGAUCCAGCACAAAAAUCUUGUUCGCUUACUUGGAUUCUGCUUACAAGGUUCCCAGAGAUUCAUAAUUUAUGAUUACAUGCCAAAUGGUUCUCUAGAAUCUCACUUGUUCCAGACUGAUUCUAAUGUCUUAGAUUGGCGAACUAGAUACAAUAUUGCUCUUGGGACUGCCAAAGGCUUAGCUUACUUACACGAGCAUUGUAGAGACUGCAUCAUUCAUUGCGAUAUCAAGCCGGAGAACAUUUUGUUGGAUGCUGAAUUUAAUCCUCAAGUCGCGGAUUUUGGCUUGGCGAAGCUUCUAGGCCGAGACUUCAGCCGGGUUCUUACCACCAUGAGAGGAACAAGAGGCUAUCUCGCACCAGAGUGGUUCUCUGGUGUCCCAAUCACUGCAAAAGUUGAUGUGUAUAGCUACGGCCAGGUCCUUCUUGAGAUCAUUUCAGGUAGAUGGAACAUGGAUCUAGUAAAUGACGAUCUAGCUUCUUAUUUUCCGACAAUUGUUUUCAAUGCAUUGAACAGUGGGGAGGAGGUUCUGCCUUUAGUAGAUUCCAAACUACAAGGCAAAUUCAGCGCAGAAGAAGUGACUAGAGCAUGCAAGGUUGCUUGUUGGUGCAUUCAAGAUGAUGAGAAUGAUAGACCAACAAUGGUAGAGGUUGUUCAAGCUUUGGAGGGACAUCUUGAUGUUGGUAUUCCUCCAAUUCCACGGUUUUUCCUGUCCUUAGCAGAACCUUCUGUCCAAAACGGUGAUCUGAAGGAAAUCGAGGAUUAUAGCACAUCGAGCACACUACCUUCAAGUUUCAGCUUUGGCUUUCGACCACCAGUAAAUUCUUUCAACGCUGAUUUAUCCUUAUAUUAUGUGUAA